AUGCGAGAAACAAUGUCUGUAACAUCUUCAACACAAAAUAAAAUAAAUAAACGAUCGAAAAAACUUUCUCAUUCACGAAUUAAUAAAAUAAAAAUAUGUUCAAAUGGAGAUAAUAAUAAUAGAAUUUCCAUAGAAAAAAAUCAACAAAUUCAAAAAGCAAUUCCACUGUUAGCUCAAGCAUUUGCUAAUGGAUUUUUUACAGAAGUUAAUUGUCGUAUAUUAUCAGAAAAUUUACUUGACGAACUUGCACAUAAAGUUUAUGAAUUUGUUCAAAAACAAGGUGAAUUAAAUCGUACAUUAAUAUUAAAUAAAUUUAUGAAUGAAUCUCUUCUUAAUGAAUUUGUUAAUAAAAUUUAUAUUGGAGAUUUUGAAGAAGAUAAAAUAAAAACAAAUGAAAUGAAUUCAAUGAGUAUAAUAUUAUACAAAACAAAAGAUGAUAAUCCAUUUAUUCAUGAAGUUUCAGUUGAAGGUGAAAAACAACAUUUUGGUUGUCGAUGGUCAUUACCUCAUUCUCAAUUUGAAUCACUUUGGGAAACACUUGAAUUUGAUUUACCAUUAAAAUCUCAAUUAAUGCAAUAUGUUUUUACUGUUAUUAGAUUUGAUAAAGCAAAUAUUGAUAGAACUGUUAUUCAUUGUAAUCAAACAAUUCUUCUUUAUGGACCACCUGGUUGUGGUAAAACAACAUUAUGCAAAGGUUUAGCUCAAAAAGUUUCAAUAAGAAUGAAAGAAUUAUUUAAUAGAUUUUAUUUUUAUGAAUUAAAUGCUGGUUCAUUAUUUUCUAAAUGGUUUUCUGAAUCAUCUCAUAAUUUAACAAGAUUUUUUGAAGAUAUAACACAAAUAUGUUGUGAUCCAUUAACAUUUGUUAUAAUACUUAUAGAUGAAAUUGAAUCAUUAUCAAUGUCACGAACAUCAUCAUUAUCAUCGAAUGAACCAUCAGAUAUGUUACGUGUUGUUAAUACACUUUUAACACAAAUUGAUCGUUUAAAAUCAUUUUCAAAUAUUCUUAUAUUAACAACAUCAAAUUUAAUUGAAAUUAUUGAUCAAGCAUUAAUUGAUCGUUCAGAUUUAAUUUUAUUUAUUGGGCCACCUUCAAUAAAAACAAUAUUUCAUAUUUAUCGUGCUUGUUUUCAUGAAUUAAUUGAAAAACAUCUUAUUUAUUCACAAAAUCAAUCAGAAGAAAUUAAAGAUAAAUUAUGGAAUUUAGCUAAAUUCAGUGAUGGAUUAAGUGGAAGAACAUUAAGAAAAUUACCAAUGAUUGCUUUUUCACAUAUUCAACAAUUUGAUCAUUUUAUUCAUCCUGAACAACUGUUUAAAGCUAUGCAUCAACAAUUAAUCAAUCAUAAAAAUACUAAUAAUUAUUUACAACAAUUUAAUAAUCAAUAA